AUGGUGCCAGAGAGGGUCGGUGCUGCCAGCGAGGAUCCCCAAGUCCGGGAUGGGUCCCGACCUCCAUCCCUGCCCUGCAGCUCCAGCUGUCCCGCCCUCAUUGACCCCACCGUGGGUACAGCCACCGGGACCACCGGGCACAGUGAUGGUGCCACUGGGCACAGUGAUGGUGUCACCAGGACCACCGGGCACAGUGAUGGUGUCACCGGGACCACCGGGUACAGUGAUGGUGUCACCGGGACCACCGGGUACAGUGAUGGUGUCACCGGGACCACCGGGUACAGUGAUGGUGCCACCAGGCAAGGCAAUGGUGUCACCGGGACCACCAGACACAGUGAUGGUGCCAGCAGGACCACCAGACACAGCAAUGGUGCCACCAGACACAGCGACUGUGCCAGCAGGACCACCGGGUACAGCGAUGGUGCCACCAGACACAGUGAUGGUGCCACCGGGCACAGUGACGGUGUCACCGGGACCACCGGGCACAGUGAUGGUAUCACCGGGACCACUGGGUACAGCAAUGGUGCCACUGGGCACAGCGAUGGUGUCACCAGGACCACCAGACGCAGCGAUGAUGUCACCGGGACCACCGGUCACAGCAAUGGUGUCACCGGACACAGCGAUGGUGUCAUUGGGACCACCGGGCACAGCGAUGGUGUCACCGGGACCACCAGACACAGCGAUAGUGCCACCGGGCACAGCGAUGGUGCCACCGGCCCCGCGGGCAAGGACUCCUUGCCAGCCCGGCCGCAGGACGUCACGGAGCCGGACCCGCCAGCCCCGGCCACCCCCUGCCCCAGGCACGGGGGGCCUGGAUGGACACAGCCCCCUCUGAGCACCGGGGGUUCACCCUGUCCCCUCCGCUGGUGUCACCGCCGUCCCCGUGGGACACCGGGGUGGCUCUGUGAGCAGACUGGAGCAGCUGGGCUGGGGACACUGGGAUGGCCGGUACCGGGAGCACCGGGAGCACCGGGAGCACCGGGAAGGGCUGGCACUGCCCAGGGCCGGCGCUGGCACGGCCGGGAAGGGCCGGCUGGCACGGGGAGCACGCCGGGCGCUGGGAGCCGGCAGGCCGGGCUCGCCCAGCCGUGGGCAUCGCUCCGAGGCCGUUUGGCACCGGGAGGAGCGCGUGCUGUGGGUUUUCCUCCUCCACCCUGCCCCGUGCCCCCAGUGCCUUGGUUGGGGGUGCAGGAGUCCCCACUGGGGGGUGGCGACCACAUCUGGGACCUUCCUGGGGCUCCCCCAUUGCCCCCCGACAUUCCAGGGCUGGGCUUGGGGAUUUUUCCCUUUUCCUUUGCAUUAAUAAGUGAACUCCACCCCCCCACCCCUCCUCCGAACCCCCAAUCCGAGGUUGGCCGUGACCCCGGGGGUGGCAGAUCCCCAGGGAGGGGUCACCCCGCAGCCCCGGGGUCUGACCCCUCCUCGCCUUAAAUCUGGGGCUGUCCCACCUUGGGGAGUCCCUGUGCCCGUCCCACAAUCCAGGGAUGGUCGGUGGUCCCGGGAGAUGCCAGAGGUGGGCUCAGACCUGGCUGGAGCCCCCCCAUUCCGAGUGGAUCCCGGCUUUUCCCGUCGUGGGGGCCGGGGGGGCUCUGUCCCUGUACAUACAGCGCUAUACUGUGAGCGUUUUUUUUUUAUGUAUUGUUGAGAAUGGAUUUUAUGGAAGGGUUUAUCUUAUUUUUAUUUUAUUUUUAUUUUUUAGACUAGGAAGCUGGAAUCUUGCAAUAAGCUCAUCCUGACCAUCCAAAAAAAAAAAAACAACAAAAAAAAAUAGAAAAAAAAUUUACAAAAAAAAAGAAAAUUAUUAAAAAAAACACCAAAAAACCCCAAAAAAACAACAAAAAAAAAAGAAACAAACACAUAAUUAAAAAAAAAAAAAUCGCAUUCCCUGCCUUCCCUGUCCCUGUCCCGUGUGUCCAGACCAGGUCGUGGUUCCCGAAGGUGACAAAAUGUGUUUAUGGGGGGGAUGCGGGGGGCACCCGCCGGGCUCUGACGCGGAGCCGGCAGCACCCGCCUGGCCUUCGGUCUGUGUUUUAUAUAUAUAUAGAUUAUAUAUAUAAAUAUCUAUAUUGUGUACAGCGACUGUGGGAGAGUGGAAGGACGGAGGCGGCCGUGGGGCCGGCUGGGGGUCCCCUGGAGCAGCCCCCCCUGCCCCGGUGCCGUGUCCCCCCCGUGCUGGUCCCGUCCUUCGCUCCGUCCUUCGACAUUCCGCUUUCGUCCUCGACGUCGUGCUGAUGGUAACCGGAUCUCUCACCCCCUCCCCACUGCCCACCCCCCCAUUUGGAUUCUGUAUUUUUUUAUAAUAAAAUACAAAUAAAUGUCGUGUGAGGCCCUUGCUUGGAGGAAUCACUUCUCCCUCUCCGUGCGGCUCCGUGUCCCCUCGGGGGGGUGGCCAGGGUUGUGUCCCCAGGGGGACACGGAGGGUCUGGGGGCUCCGUCCUUGCUCCCUGUGCAGCCCCUUCCCCUUGUACAGCAGGGCUCUGCAGCCAGACCUCUCUGCUGGGCGGUGUGUUAAUUACGGGAAGGACUUAAUUACCCUGUUAAUUAAUAAUAAUGGAUAUUAAAUUAA